AUGACCUCGGACUCUCUCUCACAUCGCCCGACCGAGUCUCUCGUCCUGCCCAAUAAACGCCGUUUCUUCCCUUUCAGGAUCCCCAACUUCCACUCCCAACUUCGACACUACAUCAGCACAGCAGAUCCGGACCGUAUCUAUGUCGUCGUCGAUCGCAUCGUCUAUGCGAUUCAUAUUUCUGCACAAAAGCGGGAGGGCAUAGCUGUUCUCCCGUUCGAGCCGCGAUGCUUGGCGGCUGGACACGGGUGGAUCGCAGUGGGUGGGCCGGACAGCGGCGAAUGCGCUUUCAUUAGGAUCGAUGAAAGGGGUCUACAGGUUCAUGACGAGUCAUCUCCACUCCACGCCUCCGAUGUCGAUAGUGCGCUACCGCUCGACCUCGAUCUACCCUCUGGGUUCCAUUCCCCAGGUACGUCCGGUAGUGAUACCGGCUUGCCACCUCGUUCAGGGAGAAGAACAUUGCCAGAACUCGUAAUACAUAAAUUUGGAGGUAGUAUUGUCAACUCGGUGACAAUUCACCGUUUUCCAAAUAAUGGCGAAGGUACCUCCCAUGAAGAUGUCAUGAUACUCAGUAACAACGACAAAACAGUGACUGUCUACUCCCUAACUCGUUCCAAAGUUUUGAAAAGCUUUAUACAUACAACCUGCAUGAACUAUGCGACAGUUUCCCCGGAUAAGACGAUUUUGGCAGCGGUAGGGGAUGAGAACCAAGUCUAUUUUUACCGAAUCUUGCGUGAGUGGAGAUCAACAUCUGCGGAAGCUGGCAGAAGACUUGCGAGAUGGGAUUGGGAAGUCCUUCCAUGCAUUGAGAUGGACAUUGGAAUGCGCCAAGAGGAUGCAUGCUGCUUUACUAUUGCCUUCUCGCCAUCAAGCCACUUGUGUGCCAUUGGCUCCCAAUCGGGUGUCAUCACGGUCCUUGAUGUGGAAGUCAUUCGAAAAUAUGAUGGGGAAGGCUUCGAUGAAAAUGCUAUUCUUUACCAGUUCCUAGCGUCCAGACCUUGCCAAGAAGGCGGUGCUGUGCGUUGUUUGACUUUCUCGCCUGAACCUUGGGACCUUUUGGUCUGGCUCGAAGGAUCCGGUCGGGCAGGAGUUGCAGAUGUCCGGCAGGUGUUUUGCCGAAGACAACUUCUGCGCCUGGACCUCGAUGAUCCAGCACUGCAAGAGUUUCACUUGGAACCUGUAGAGGAUGAAUCUGAUGGACAGCUAAUGGAUGAUGACGAUCCAAUCCUGCCGCCUCCUCCAGCCCCUCGAUUGAGGAUCCAUGGCACUGAUUCUCCACAUGAACGAGAUACUGGGGAGUCUGAGCGUUCUUCGCUUCGCGAAAAUCUAGCUCAAGGUCUUUCUGAGCGCGAGAGAUUGAUCAUGGAGUUUUUGAACACGGCACGUUGGACCUCAAGAUUGGAAGAAGGACUAACCGAGCGACCUGAAAGGCCAGCAAGAACAACAGUACACCCACAUCCUGCGGCUCGCUCGCGGCAACACGUUGCUACAGACCAGACUAAUCGGAACUCGCGUGCUACUCCACUCCAACACUCCUACGACUCUCCUGAUAACAUGCAAGAUGGUGAUGAUGACUUGUUUUUACCUCCGCCACCUCCACCUGUCCAGCGUCUAAGCCAUAUAAAUCGAUCAGGCGCCCCUGAGCGUUUAUAUCACGCGAGACGUCAAAGCUCAGUCGUCCUAUCUCAAGGAAGUCGAUCUUCAGAAGCAGGGACUUCUAGUCAUGAUCGGCAACCAAGCAUUACUGUUAGCCUGACAACCUCACCUUCCGAGCUUCAAUCCACCAGCUCGGAUAUCGCCUCCAGAGUUGGUGACCCAGAUGUUGCCAGUCACGAAGAUAGCUCAACCUCAAGAGCACCAGACGCGCCAGGGUCACCAGGAGCGCCUUCUUUGAUGAUGGAUCCUAUAAUGCGUUCAGAAGCUCUGGCUAGACUCCGAUCCCCGCGAUCAAGUUCUACACCGCGGCAGACCGAGCGGCCACAGUCAACUACGGAAAGGAGAUAUGAUGCAUCUCGGCUCUCAGCGCACGAGAUUAGAGCCAACCUAGCAGCUGAGCGUCUGCGACGUCAUCGUCUGGUACCAAGCGAGAUGCAUAAUCGUGCUUCCCAUGAUCGGGAACAGCGACACCGCCAGCAACUACUUGGUUUUGAACAAGCUCAUUCCCCUCGGUGGAUCAGGAACAUCAUAAAUGACCUCCCUGAUCGAAGUUUGAUACAUGCCAAUAGUGCCAUAGAGCCGGACGCCACAGCUGGAGUGGGGUGGGGGGCCGACGGGAGAUCACUGUACAUUGCAACCGUGGAAGGAAUCUUUGAGUUCCAAUUGAAUGUCCACGACCGAAGAACCUUUCCAUCCUUCUCAUACCGAUAA